GGUCGCGCCGCUUAAAUAGACUGCAUCAAUGACCGUUUCUUCCAGUUCACAUUCAGCUGUCCCAAGUUAUUUCUUCAUCGGCCGUGCUCCUCUGUCCGGCUACCAGCGAUCCCUGCUCCGAUUCUAUUCAUCCUUGCCACGAUGAAGACCGUCGCAGUUCUAACGGUGGCAUUCGCCGUCGCCAUUUCCGGCGCAGCCGUCCCCGAAUUGCCGGACAGCUUCAAGGUGUGCAACAGAGCGCUGCCGGACCCCGAGUACUACCAGUGCAUCGCGAAUUCGGCGAGGGACGCAGUCGUCUCUCUGGCCAAUGGUAUGAAGGCCUUCAAGAUCCUGCCGAUCGAGCCGUUGGCGGUGGACAGCGUGAAGAUCGGCGAGUCGCAGGGCUCGGUCUCGUUGAGGCAGGAGUACAAAAACAUCAAGCUGUACGGCCUCACGAAGCAGCUCGUCGUGAAGAAUUACCACAUCGACUGGGACAAGUGCCUGCUGACGUCCGAGUCGUACAAUCCUCAGGUGGACUUUGUGGCCGACUACAAGCUCGACGGGAAGAUAUUAUUGUUGCCGGUCAAGGGAUCCGGAAAAUCCAAUAUCACCAUGUAUGACCUGAAAACGCAGAACGACAUUCACUGCGAGAAAUACGAGAAGAACGGUGUGCCGUACAUCAGGAUCACGAAGUACAACGUGAAAUUCACACCUGGACGGGUAACGUUGCAGUUCGGCAACCUUUUCAACGGUGACUCUAUCCUGGGCGAACAGAUGAACCGAUUCAUCAACGAGAACUCGGACUUGCUGUUCAAAGAACUCCAGUCGCCCUACGAGGAGACGUUCGGUCUUGUUUUCACGAAAGUGGCCAACGAUUUCUUCAGUCGCAUUCCGUCCAACAAAAUCUUCCCCGAAACGUAAAACCCGGCUCCACCCUCCCCGAUAGUACACUACCCCCGCCCCCCGAUUUAGAAAAUGCGAGCAACCGUUUCCCGCGUGCCAAAAAAUUGUACAUACAUUUCCGUCGAAGUAUUACGCGAAAAGUUGCCGAGCGAAUUA